UGGAGCCGGAAGUGGAGCAGGAGCAGGAAGUGCUGAUGGAGGCAGAGCAGGCAGGCAGCCCGGAGCGGCAGAGCAGCGCUCCCCUCCUGAGAGACGGAGAAGAACGGAGAGAAGAACCGCUCCUGAAGGCGGGUGUGGUGGAAAUCGCAGUUGAUGUGUUUUGGAGCGUGCGGGCUUCCGUAGCCGACCGGAUCUCUGAACUCUUGUUUCUGCGGGCCCCACAGGACCGUCCUCUUCCUCAGUCACUCUGUCUUGAGUUUCCAGGGACUCGGUCUGCAGAGAGACGCAGUCUCGUCCUCAUGGUGUCUCUGGUCCUGGUCUCUGAUCACCACUGUCUGACCGGAGGCUCUGCGGGGUCACGUGGGGAUGGGGCUGCAUGCUGUACUGUCACCAUAACAACCAGAAACCUGCAGAGCCCCUGGAAGCUGCUCCUCUCUCCAGUUCCUUUAUUCACACUGAAGGCAUCAGAACUCCAGAUGAAGUCUGUAGUGAAGAGAAACGUGGAGCAGCUGGAUGUUCCAGCUUCCUCAGAGACCAGUGCUUCAGGACAGCGCAGACAGAGCAAGGACAGAGGGACGGGGACGCAGCGGCAGCUCGACAGCCUCAGCAGGGAGUCCCAGAGCGGACGGCCGUCCUGGACCAGGACUCCCUGUGUGGAGGCGUGUCUCACUGCAGAGAGGAGCCAGCCCAGGGCCAGGACAACAGCAGGGACACUCUGUCCACCUGGACAUCCUGGACAACGGUCAGUCUGGAGGGAGCUGGCCAGGAGACCAGGGCGAAGACAGACUACAGUCUUCAGAGAAGACGAACUACAGACAGACUUCAGAGAAGACAGACUACAGACACUGGGUUCAUUCAUACAGUGAAGCGACGCUCAGAUUCAACAGAAUACAAACCCAGACGGCAGCCUUCAUCAGUCCGCCACGCCAGCAGUCCCUCUUCUCAUCCUACCAUCGCAUUUCUUUACUAGACUGUGGACUGGACCGCUGUGGAUGCAGAGGUAAUAUCGGUGUGUGUGUGUGUGUGUGUGUGUGUGUGUGUGUGUCCUGCAGCUGAAGCAAUGAGGCUGGUCAUCCUGGACGACUACGAGCUGGCCAGCGAGUGGGCCGCAAAGUACAUCCGCAACAGAAUCAUCCAGUUCCAGCCCACCGCCGAGCGCUACUUCACCCUGGGCCUGCCUACAGGAAGCACUCCUUACGGCUGCUACUUGAAGCUGAUUGAGUUCUACAGGAGAGGGGAGCUUUCUUUCAAAUAUGUGAAAACGUUCAACAUGGAUGAAUAUGUUGGUCUGCCGCGAGCUCACCCCGAGAGCUACCACUCCUACAUGUGGAAUAACUUCUUCAAGCACAUUGACAUCGAUCCAGCCAACGCGCACAUCCUGGACGGGAAUGCAGAGAACCUGGAGGCGGAGUGUGAGGCCUACGAGCAGAAGAUCGCCGACGCUGGAGGAAUCCAGCUGUUCGUUGGAGGUCAGAGGUCAGACGGCCCGCACGCCUCCGGCGGCUGGCGUGCUCUCACGCUGCUCUCCUGCCGUAGGUAUCGGGCCCGACGGACACAUAGCCUUCAACGAGCCCGGCUCCAGUCUGGUCUCCAGGACCAGGGUGAAAACACUGGCCAAGGACACCAUCGUGGCCAACGCUCGCUUCUUUGGCAACGACCUGUCCAAGGUGCCCACCAUGGCUCUGACGGUGGGAGUCGGAACUGUCAUGGAUGCCAAGGAGGCGCUCACAAAGCCUUCGCUCUGUACAAAGCCAUUGAGGAGGGAGUCAACCACAUGUGGACCGUCUCGGCCUUCCAGCAGCAUCCGCGCACGAUUUUCAUCUGCGACGAGGACGCCACCCUGGAGCUGCGAGUGAAAACAGUCAAAUACUUCAAAGGGUUAAUGCAUGUCCACAAUAAGCUGGUGGAGCCACUGCUCAGCAUCAAGGACCUAUGACAGUCAGAGAAGACCGCCCAGACCAGGACCUGGAGGUCAACAACUCACUGUCUGUUACCUGCUGCUGUUUUUUUUCUUUGAUUUACUGUGUUGAAUGGUGCAUGUCUCUUAUUUCUGGAUUUAUGUUACCUGAGAAAACUGUUGCUUUGAGACUGCUACAGGUCAAUCAAUACUCACUCUGCAUUUGGAGAACCGGAAAACAUUCUUGGUUUGAAAUGUCAUUGCAGGCUGCUAUUUAAGUCAUUAAGGAUAUAAACAUGGUCAGUCGACGUUCUUGAGGCUCAACAGUUGUAACAGUUCUGCUGAAAGAACUAAAAAAAUCAUCACAGUCUUUUACACUGUUUGAUUUUGUUGGCUAGCUUAGCAUAGCAUUAGCAUUGGUGAUGUCUUCUCUGUCCUCUCCUCCUGCUCUGUGUUCUUGAUGUUUCGUUCCACUUCUUCCUCCAUUAGUGAACAUUGUAAAUGUUUAGAAGAUCUGUGCUGUCAUUUUAAAGCUGUUUAAGGUUGGAGGAUGUUCUGAAGUUUCUUUCACGUUAGAGUUACCUGAUGCACCUUGAGAGUGAGUUAGCAGGUGAUUGGCUCGAGGGAGCAGGGGGCGGGGAAAUGACGCCAGGAGGAGACGUUUCCUUUUUGAUGGAUGUGCCUUUGGAGAAUAAAUGAAGAUGGAGGUGUCCCACUGA